AUGUUUCAGGUGGAGGUUUUGUCCUUUUCAUGAAUUGAGCUCACUUAGGGUUUAUAUAUAGUCAUGGACAAAGAAGAGAACUACACGGCGAGUUUUCCAGGGCUAGAAUACUCUCUAGAGCAUCAUCAACAUCAAGAUCAUCAUAUCAUGAAGCCCCCGCGAAUAGGCGAGAGUUCGGGUGAUAAUAAUGACCAUGGAAUGAUUGAUUAUAUGCUCAAUAAUCCUCAACCACAACAACUCCAGAUUUCCUCAGGGUUUUGCACUUCUAAUUCUUUCGAUAAACUAAGCUUCGCAGAUGUGAUGCAGUUUGCGGAUUUUGGCCCCAAGUUGUCCUUAAAUCAGUCCAAGAUUCCUGAGGAAGAAACCGGGAUCGACCCGGUUUACUUUCUUAAGUUUCCUGUGUUAAAUGAUAGAUUGGAGGAUCAAUCUCUCAUGGCUCCUCAACCAGGUGUGAGCAAUGAAGAGAGUAAUUUUAAAGGAUUAGAAAAUAGAGAGGAUGAAGAAGGUAGGGUUUCGGAAAAUAACCCGGUGCAACUCCGGUUUCUUGGGGAUGAUAUCCAAAACAAAGGCAAUAUUCUUCCAGCUGAAGCUAAAAACAAGAGAAAAAGACCAAGAACUAUCAAGACAACUGAAGAAGUCGAGAGCCAAAGAAUGACUCAUAUCGCAGUCGAAAGAAAUCGCAGGAAGCAAAUGAAUGAACAUCUCAGAGUUUUGAGGUCUCUCAUGCCUGGCUCAUAUGUUCAAAGGGGAGAUCAAGCUUCAAUCAUAGGCGGAGCCAUCGAGUUUGUCAGAGAAUUGGAGCAACUUCUUCAAUGUCUGGAGUCACAGAAACGAAGAAGACUUUUAGGAGAAGCACCGGGCGGACGGCAAAUGGGUGAUUCAUCAUCUAUAGCAGUCCAACAACAACAACAGCAAUCACUAUUUCCUCCUCCUUUACCGUUUCCAAAUGAUCAAAUUAAGAUGAUGGACUUCGAAACCGGCCUUCAAGAGGAAUCAGCCGAAAACAAGUCUUGCUUGGCAGAUGUUGAGGUGAAGCUUCUAGGGUUUGAUGCCAUGAUAAAGAUCCUCUCCAGGAGAAGGCCGGGCCAGCUCAUCAAGACCAUUGCCGCACUAGAAGAUUUGCAGUUCAAUAUUCUUCAUACCAACAUCACCACCAUCGAACAAACAGUUCUAUAUUCUUUUAACGUUAAGGUAGCAGGCGAAUCAAGGUUCACAGCAGAAGAUAUAGCAAGUUCGGUUCAACAAAUAUUCAGUUUCAUUCAUGCAAAUAGCAGCUAUGAUGCAUAAAAUUAAUGAAGAUACGACUUCUUCUGUUUUGUCAAAGAUACCCACUUGGAUCUUCUCAGUACUUUGGAUUUUCUAAUCAAUUUUGCCCUUUGGUUAUCUCUAUUUUUGUUGUGGGAAUUAAUAUAUACUUUGACUGUCAAAGUUUGACAUGAAGUAAUGGUAUUAAUUUUACACUCUGUGGCUAUUUUCUAGCAACUAAGUGACAAUUUUUUGCCCAACCCAUGUCCAUAUAUUUUCUAGGUUUAACUUUUUACAGCUCUGAAUAAUAUGAAAAAUUAAUCCCAUGCAUGUGCAAUAUAUCUGAUCUCUUUCGAUCUGUCCCUUUAAUUGUGUAAUAUUUGUAAGAUGUUGUGGAGGAGAAAAGAGAGUUGAAGUUUGGAGACAAGUUCUGCAAAUGGUGUUAAUUUGUUUGAUGAAGAUCGCAAAUAAUUUAUGCAUGAUUAUGAGGAGGGAAGUCAACGAGUCCCGUAACAUCUUUCCGUGGGUUGACUUGUCAGAAAUCAAAGUUUUUUGUAAGUAUUAGGCAACACUCAGAUAUUGCCAUAUGCAUGUUGGGUCCCUUCGUCUUCUGGUUCAUUCAUAUCCACCUCUUUUUGUUUUUGAGUUUGGAUCGUGCUUACUCUUAUUAAUCGUGUUCUAAUUAAUUUAUGCAUGUAGAAUGGAAGUUUUGAUGCAUUUA